GAUGCAAACGUUCGGAGAGCGCCUUGCGUCAUACUGUUCCUUAUCUCAAGUAUCGUUAUAUAAAAGGGGUCGAUUCGCCAUCGCUUUUAUCAAGUUGUGAGCCUCAACUCUACGAAUCAAGUCCGAAUACUUUAACUUAAACAAUAACAACGCCAAUCAACACAACAGCAAGAAUACAAUGUCGCAGAUCACUGUAGAACCCCUCACAUUCCCAGAGACAUCUGGCGUAAACUUCGGAGCCAUUGUCCGCAAUGCAGAUGUCGAGCAUCUCACUGAUGCCGACUUCGAUGUUAUCCGUGAUGCCCUUUUCAACCACCAAAUCCUGGUAUUCAAGGAUCAGGCUGGCACAUCGCCGAAGGCUCAAUUUGAGCUAACGCGACGGUUCGACCCUGCCGGAACUUCGUAUGGUCAUGGCAAGACGAUCGAUGCUAAACGCAGUAUCCUACACCCCGAUCUCAAAACCAUACCACAUCAGCCGCAAGUGCAAGUUAUCGGUAAUGGUUUUGUGCCUGAGUAUGAAGGCUUGAAGAAUGCCCAGCUCAAGCACCCGCACCACAAGACCUUCCACGUGACUACUAUUCCUGCCGAGGAAGAUCUCGACUUCACCCGCUUCUACCGCUGGCAUAUUGAUGCUGCGUUAUACGGCCUUGCUCCUCCAAUAGUGACUACACUUCUUGCGGUUAAAGUGCCGGAUGGUCGCCGUCAGAUUUGUCGUUAUGACGACGGAACCGGUGACGAGUUGGAUGUUCCCUUGGGCACUACGGCGUUUGUAUCGGGUUACUCGAUGUACGACCUCCUCUCCGACGCUGACAAAGAAUUUGCGCGCACCACCAAGGUUGAAUACGCGCCUCAUCCGUACAUCUGGAUCAGCAACGCCAAGUCUCGUCCCACCGGGCUAGGUAUGGUCUCCCAGGGGCUGGAAGUUCCCCUGAACGACCUUCCUCCUAUCGAGGAGGACAAGAUCCAGAUCUUGCCCCUGUGCUGGCGUAACCCGGUCACGGGAAAGCUUGCCCUCCAGGUGCAUCCAUCGCCGGCCCGCAAACUGCAUCUUGCGGAUGGGACCGUCACCGACGACCUAGAAAAGGUCCGCGAGACCAUAUAUCGCCUGCAGCGUCCGGGUAUUGCACCGAAGAUGGUGUAUGCGCACGACUGGAAAGAGGGUGAUCUUGUGCUUUUCCAUAACCGCGGGUUACUUCACUCUGUGGUUGGCGCGUUUGCUGAAGAUGAGGUUCGACUGUUCAGGCAAUGCAACAUCGCGGCAAGCCAUUUCCCUGAAGGACCUACUGCGGUGACUGCCUAGAUACUUUCAAGUUAUUCAUGUUUUAUCUCAUUUUCCAAUAGAGUACAGAUUUCCUUUUAAUCCUGGUCCCGGAACCUAAAAUGAUGUGCCCUGGUGACCGUUUAUUCAUGAUUUAUAAUGAGCUUUUACGUAUAUCAACCAGAUUCCAGUAUUUUAUACAUCAGCUAUACUCAAAGCAGACAUGGUUGAUUUCGUACGAAGGUUAAAAGGAUCAAUAUAUCUAUAAUCCCCCAAGCCACUGCAGCAGCACGUAAAAGUGUUUCCAGUUGAUGAUCAACACGUAGGAUGCUAAUAUCUUAAGGAAUAUAGCGGGCCAUUCUCGUUAAUCAACCAAUAGCCGACUCCGAUUCUCGGCCCACACGAUUAUUCAGUUUGUG